UACGACGAGAGCCUCCACGGCGGAGGUUACAUGGAGGGGGGAGCGAUGUACCACGAGCACAGGCUGACCCAUCCCCACCUGGCUCCAGUGCACUACCCCCCGCCGGCAGCACCCGCUCACGCCCUCCCCGGGGAACCACUAGUCCACAAGAGAGACAAAGACGCUAUUUACGGGCAUCCCCUGUUCCCCCUGCUGGCUCUGAUCUUCGAAAAGUGUGAGCUAGCGACCUGUACCCCCCGGGACCCUGGCGUGGCGGGCGGAGACGUGUGCUCCUCGGAGUCUUUCAACGAAGACAUUGCGGUAUUCAGCAAACAGAUACGUCAAGAGAAACCGUAUUACAUAGCGGAUCCAGAGGUCGACUCAUUAAUGGUGCAAGCGAUACAAGUACUACGGUUUCACCUCUUAGAAUUAGAAAAAGUCCAUGAGCUAUGCGACAACUUCUGUCACCGCUACAUCAGCUGUCUGAAGGGCAAGAUGCCCAUUGACCUGGUGAUCGACGAGCGGGAGACGGCCCGGCCGCCGGACGCGAACGGCGAGCCCCGGUCGGCGCCGGACAGCAGUCACGACGGCGCCUCCACCCCCGACGUCAGACCUCCUUCGUCAUCGCUGUCGUACGGCGGCGCGGUGAACGAUGACGUGCGCUCCCCAGGGUCGGGGGGCACGCCGGGACCACUCAGUCAGCCCCCGCCGCAGACCCUCGACGCUACAGACCCAGAUGCGAUGGGCAAAUGGUGUCCGUCGCGGCGCGAGUGGUCGUCCCCACCCGACGUGGCGCGGCGGGUGUACUCCUCCGUGUUCUUGGGCAGCCCCGGUGAGUACCCAGGUGACGCGAGUAACGCCAGCAUCGGCUCCGGGGAGGGUACGGGCGAGGAAGACGAUGACACGAACGGUAAAAAGAACCAGAAGAAGCGCGGAAUCUUCCCGAAGGUCGCCACAAAUAUCCUGAGAGCGUGGCUCUUCCAACAUUUAACGCAUCCGUACCCUUCUGAAGACCAAAAGAAACAAUUAGCACAGGACACAGGGUUAACAAUACUACAAGUAAAUAACUGGUUCAUAAACGCGAGACGUAGGAUAGUCCAACCAAUGAUCGACCAAUCAAAUAGAGCAGUGUUCCCGCACGCCGGCCCCAGCGGCGCGUACAGUCCCGAGGCGACCAUGGGCUACAUGAUGGACGGGCAGCAGAUGAUGCACAGGCCGCCCACAGACCCCGCCUUCCACCAGGGCUACGCGCACUACCCGGCCGAGUAUUACGGACACCACCUCUAA